AUGCUCCUGCAAGGUCGAGAGGGAACCGUGGAGGCGAGGCACGUGUGCCGGCUGGCCCCCGCCGCCGCUUCCUUCGGUGCCAGCACCGAGAGUCACAUGGUGGCAGUAGUGAGGGAGGUUCGGGAGCCACGGGGAGAGCCUGCAGGACCCGAUCCGCGCUGUGGCAGCCAGAGGAAAGGCAACUCGCCCACUGCCAUCCAUGCACCCCUCUCAAUAACAGUGUGGUGUAUUUCUGUGUUUCAGGGACAUCCCAGCAAACAGGGAGUGAACUGCAGCCCCAUCUUCCUGGACAGGAGGAAAUCACAGCUCUAACCUCAGGUGGUCCCCACUGUGCUGCUUCAAAGCAUCUCCUGCCAAGUGGCUGAAGCAAGGCAAGAGAGCAGAAGGAGGUUGGCAGAAAUGGAGCUGACCAAGCCAUGCCUGCUCACAAGUAGCAGUUGCAGGGGAAGUCAGGAAAGUGAAGCUGACAGUGCAUGGAUUCUUCCCGACCUGCCCAGUCAGUGCACGUGGACUGCUGCAACGCCAGCUGCCAUGUCUCCACACUCCUGCAUAGCCUUGCCAAAAGAAACAAAGAUCUUGCCCAACAUCCUGAGGAAAAUUGGCUCCACCCCAAUGGUCCGAAUCAACAAGAUUGGGAAGUCCUAUGGGCUCAAGUGUGAGCUCUUGGCAAAAUGUGAGUACUUCAAUGCAGGGGGCAGUGUGAAGGACCGCAUCAGCCUGAGGAUGGUGGAAGAUGCAGAGAAAGCUGGGAUUAUAAAACCAGGAGACACUCUGAUUGAACCCACUUCAGGAAACACAGGAAUCGGACUGGCACUGGUAGCUGCAGUGAAAGGUUACCGCUGCAUCAUUGUCUUACCGGAGAACAUGAGCCAAGAGAAGGUUGACAUUCUGAGGGCACUGGGUGCUGAAAUUGUGAGGACCCCGUGUGCCCGCUUCGAUGCCCCGGAGUCUAACAUUCGUGUGGCCUGGAAGCUGAAAAGUGAAAUCCCAAACUCCCACAUCCUGGACCAGUACCGAAACCCAAGCAACCCCCUGGCUCAUUACGACACCACAGCUGAGGAGAUCCUGGAGCAGUGUGAAGGCAAAGUCCACAUGGUGGUGAUUGGGUCUGGCACGGGAGGCACUGUUACUGGCAUUGGAAGGAAGCUGAAGGAGAAGUGCCCAGAGUGCAAGAUCAUUGGCGUAGAUCCUGAUGGUUCCAUCGUUGCCCUGCCCAGUGAGUUGAACAGAACAAACACCCUGACCAGUGAGGUGGAGGGCAUUGGGCAUGACUUUAUCCCUACUGUGCUUGACAGAUCAGUGAUUGAUCAGUGGUAUAAGUGCAACGAUAGAGAUUCGUUUCUCAUGUCUCGCAGGCUGAUCAGAGAGGAAGGAUUAUUGUGUGGUGGCAGCUCAGGCAGUGCCAUGUCUGUUGCUGUGCAGGCUGCCCAGGACCUGAAGGAAGGCCAGCGCUGUGUUGUUAUCCUGCCUGACUCUGUCAGAAACUACAUGUCCAAAUUUGUGAAUGACAAGUGGAUGAUAAAAAAUGGCUUCCUAAAUGACAUCCAGGAGGACAAGCCUUGGUGGUGGAACAUCAAGGUGCAGAAACUAAAUCUCUCAGCCCCUUUCAUUCUCCUUCCAGAAGUCAGCUGUCAAAAGGCAAUUGAGAUCCUUCAGGAGAAGGGAUAUGACCAAGCUCCUGUAGUUUCUGAAUCAGGGUUUAUUUUGGGUAUGGUGACCCUCAGCAAUACCCUCACCUCGGUUCUGGCUGGAAACGCACAGUUCUCGGACCCUGUUACAAAGGUCAUCCACAACCAGUACUCAAAGAUUGGCCUGGAGAACAGCCUUGGGAAGCUUUCCUGCAUCCUGGAGAACGAUCACUUUGCUGUGGUUGUUCACGAGCAAACGCAGUUCAAUGGAAAUGGCAGUUCCCUCAGGAAGCAGGUGGUGUUUGGUGUGGUGACAGCAAUGGACCUCCUCACCUUUGUCAGUAGAGAUGACAAGAAGGAGCACCUCAGCUUGGCUGCAGCCACCUCCUCUUCCCCGGCAGGGCCAGCUGCAUCCCCCACACCUGAACCACCUGGCCAAGAGUGUUUAAGCAUGGCUUUUGCUGGUGCUCUUUGCCUGCUGCUCACCCGCCUCCUGCUCUGCAGUGCUGCCCCGAAACCCACAUGUGACCCCAGUACCUGCACCUCGUGCUCCGAAAGGGAGGUGGAGGAGCCAACUGCCGCUGCUGACAGCAGCUGCUGCCCCCAGUGCCCCCCAGCCUGCGCCUGCCCCCCCCACCUGGAGAACGACUGCAAGGUGCAAGGCUUCACCAGCGCUCACGUCCCCGCCGGCCGCUCCUUCUACAUCGACUUUGCCCGCAAGCUGUGCACCUGUGGCCCUGAUGGGGACAUCACCUGUGCCUCACUGUGCCCUCGCCUGCCCCCCACUUGCCAGGCCGUGGGCAGCCCCGUGGCUGAUGGCUGCCCCCGCUGCGUCUGCUACGAUGAGGAGGAGAUGGCAGUGCCUGCUGGCACCGUCAUUGCCCAGGGCACCCAGGUUUGCACCUGCCCUCCUGAGGGGGGCCAGCUGCAAUGCAGUGGUGGGGAGAGCAAGGAGUGA